UUUCCAAAAAUUGAAUUAAAAAUCCUACAUCCAUGAAAUUAAAAGUUAACAUAUAAAUGGGCACAUUCCAGGUUUUAUGUAAAACCAUUGAGCAUAUGGAAUAAAUCAAAAUGCAAACAUUAUCUUGCAGUCCUGCAGGACAAAGUGCCUUGUUUGAUGCUAUGGAGCCUCCCUAGAGAUGGUGCAGAAAAUGGGCUUGGGUGAUUGCUGAGUAAUCCAGCAGGAGGGGUUCCAUUCAUUCCCUCAGAUGCAGCCCUUUUUGGUUGUCACAAAUCUAUUCUUCACUAAAGAAUUGAUUUAACAGGCAUAGGGAGAAGCGGAGAAUGGGGAGCAUGUGAAAGAAAAGGAAGCUAACUGAUCCUUCAUGUUUCCUUUACAAAUGUGUGGAGGGAAAGGAGACAAUCAAGCACAGAACUGGGGUCUCUGACGUAUAGCUGAGUGCUUCCAGCAGAGAUCUUUAUAGACCAGUAGGCAGAUCGAGACUGAAGCUGACCAGACUUUGUGCAUCUUGGAAAAGAGAACUAUCUACUAUAGUGAGAAACGAAGUCACUCAAUUAUUGCAAUAGCAAAGAAGUGACAGAAGGAAAGGAGGAAGGAAGACUGUACUGGGGACAGGAGCGAAAGCAUUUUUGGUGGAUGGUAUAAAGCCAGCCAUGGAAACUGCAGUGGAGGAAAAUAGAGAACAAAGGCAAGAGAAAAAAGUGAUCACCAGACCAGAAAUGGAAAUUGGCAUGUACCAAUGGAUACACAAGAGCUCAAGGCUACACCAGUACCAUCAUGUGUCACCAUUGAAAGGCAAUAUUAGUCAAGGUUGUUUUGAAUGUUGCAUUAAAUGCCUGGGAGGAGUUCCAUAUGCUUCACUUGUGGCAACAAUACUCUGCUUCUCUGGAGUAGCAUUGUUUUGUGGCUGUGGUCAUGUGGCUCUUGCAGGAACUAUAUCUAUCCUUGAACAGAAUUUUUCCACAAAUGUGACUGAUCAUGCUUUGUUAUCUGAAGUAAUAAAACUUAUGCAAUAUGUGAUCUAUGGAAUUGCAUCAUUUUUUUUCUUGUAUGGAAUCAUUCUGCUAGCAGAGGGUUUUUAUACCACAAGUGCUGUGAAGGAGCUGCAUGGUGAAUUCAAAACAACAAUCUGUGGUCGUUGCAUCAGUGGAAUGUUUGUUUUCCUCACUUAUGUUCUUGGGGUGGCCUGGCUGGGUGUUUUUGGAUUCUCUGCUGUGCCAGUCUUCAUGUUCUACAACAUGUGGUCAACCUGUGAGGUCAUCAGAUCACUCUCAGCAAAUAUGACUUCAGCAGACCAGAUCUGUGUGGAUAUCCGGCAGUAUGGAAUCAUCCCUUGGAAUGCUAUUCCCGGUAAGGCAUGUGGAUCGACCUUAGCUAAUAUGUGCAGCACUCCUGAGUUCUACUUGUCAUAUCACCUGUUCAUUGUGGCUUGUGCUGGAGCGGGUGCUACUGUUAUAGCUCUAAUCCACUCCCUCAUGAUACUAUCUUCUAACUGGGCCUACUUAAAGGAUGCAAGCAAAAUGCAGGCUUACCAGGAUAUCAAAGCUAAAGAAGAGCAGGAACUUCAAGAUAUCCAGUCUCGGUCCAAAGAGCAACUCAAUUCUUACACAUAAAUGCUUGCCAGAGCCUUUUUCCAGAAGAAUUUUGUAGCUCCGACAAAUCAUCAAGCAGAUAUAUUGUCCAAGCACUCCUGGGCCAUAUCCAUAGGAAAAAGUUACAGAGAAUAUCCUUAAUUCCUUUUAGCACUGCAUUUGGAAUUGGGGGGAAAAGGGUAUCACAUUCCAGGCCACUGUAAAAAAAUAGUUUGCUAACUAAAACACCUUCAUGGAUUUCUCUUGGCAAUCAUAACAUUAUUAUUAUUGUUAUUCCUAAGCAGGGUACCAGAGUUGGUAUUAUCCAGCCCUCUAAUGUCUAGAAGAUUUGAAAAGGCUGUAUAUAAUUGCACAGGUGUAACUCAGAUUCUAGGAUUUAACUAGAUAUUUCCUUUAUUCUGAAUGCUUGUUUGAUAUGGUUUCAGAACAUUGUAAAUCGACAUUCAGUUCCUGUCAAAAUUAAAACUGGACCUUGCACAUUAAAGCUGCAAUGAGACUCUCUUGUUUUACUGCACUUAUCAGAGUAAGCGGGGAACUCUUGCCCCAGGGGAUUUUUAAAAAUUGUUUAAUAAAAUAGACCAAGACUCCGAAAUCAGAAUAGUGAUUCCCUUCUCCGAAAAUAAAUGUCAGCUUUGCCUUAAUGUUUAUUUUCUAUAAAUGUCUCUGAGCAUUUAUAGCAUACAGCAGCUGGGAUAUCAUUAUCCUGUCUCAAUUUUAUCAAAGCAGAAAAUAUUACUCUCUGGUCAGUCACUCAAUUGUUUCAGGUUGAAGAUGAAAACUUUAAAGAAUUUAAAAACUUUUAGCCCCUCAGAUUACAGGUCAACACUCACCUCAGUUUUGGUGCUCAAUCCAAUAAGCUGUAAUAGUUUUCUCUUAUGAAAAAUUGUGAUGUUUGAAAAACAGAGGGUGCCAUUUCAAACUGUCUCCCUUAAUAUCUCUGCCUUCUAGCAUUUUCAGAAAUUUCAGUGCUAGCUUACUAGUGAUGCUUUUUUUGGUGUGCUAUUUUUUUAAAAAAACAAACACAUAAAUGUUUGAAGAAAAAUAAAAUGCAUCAGUGAAUUUCAAAUCAGUGAACAAUUAAGUCAUGCAUCCCUGUUUUGAAUGUGUGCUGAAUAUGAAUGCUCUUUUAGAACAUAAAAAAAUUGUUGAAAGUGACAGGUUGAACAAAAAAGAUUGGUAUGGAAAAUGAAAUCAGGUAUUACUUUGCAUUUAACUUGUCUAAAGCUGACUUUUUUUAAAGAAGCAAAAUCUAUAUAAAGCAAGUAAGAAAUAGUUUAGUGUUUUUACCUGUUGCAUGAAGGAGACAAUUUUCUACAGCAAUGCAGGUGUUCUUCUAGUCCAGUGUUUGCAUAAAGGUAACAGACAAUGUCUUAAAGCCUAAUCCUUUUCUAAUUCUUUGUAGCUAUUACUGGGAGUUUUUUGAAGUUUUGUUUAAGUAGCCUAUUUUUUUUAUGUAAAAGUAUUAAAUUUUGCUAUGUAUAAUUUUUUGUAACCUAACCGUGAAUCAAUAUUUUAUAUCAGUGCCAAGGGCUUCCUGUAGUUAUAUCGAAAUGUUACAAAUAAAUAUUUGUAGAUAAUAGA